GCCAUUUCUUGGUUCUAGUGUCGGUGGCUCCACUUCUGUUUGUAUUCGCAUCUACUAUGUUUGAGGUUUACAAUUACUUUUGGUACGACAAAAAUAACCAGGAAAUUAUUAAUUACAUCUUGUGUCAAGAGAGAAACAGCAGCAGUGACUGUAUUUCGGAAUUUGACGACUUGGGCUUGACAAUAUUGUAUUCCACCUUUCCAGUGUGUUUGGCUAUCUUUGGCGUAUUGCUGACGAUAUAUAGCCUUUUUCCUGGACCAGCCAGAAGGCUGUGGAUCGAAUACUUUCAAAAGUGUCGGCGCCUUGUGGCAGAAACGAAGAGGAACUGGCAGAAAGAAACGCAUGAAAACAACGGUAAAAGUCAAGAACAGUCGGCGAAGAAGUACCGCAAAGUCUCCGUUAAAGAUUCUAAUCCGAAACGAAAGUCCGACAGACGAGAGGCAACUGUAAAAGUUAUUGAUACUUUAGAUGAAAAAGAAGACUGUAGCCUAAACGAUGAAGAGAAUAUUGAUUGUACGACAGAAGACAGUCACUUGAGGCUUUCAAGGAGCGUCCAUUUCAAGCAUGCAGAUGCUAAUGACUGACAGGAG